UCGUGGCUCACACCCGGCGGCGCCCGGCGGCGGCCGGAGCCUGCCCUCGGCGCUGUGUCCGCGCUGCCUUCGCGGCGUCUGUCCCGCCACCCCGUCCCGCUGCCUCCAUGACCCGCAGUAGGAAGCAGGCGGCGCUGGAGAGAGAAGCCGGGAAGAUGAACCCCGAGGCGGGGAGCGCCGCGGCGGCGGCUGCGGGAGCCCGGUCGGCAGCGGUAGCUGGCGGCGAAGCGGCGGCGGCCGCCGCCUGGGGACUGGAGGGGGAGGCGGAGAAAGUUGUGUACUCGCGCUCGCAGGUCUCCUUCGCCGGCACCAAGGCGCUGGGCGACGCCCUCAAGCUCUUCAUGCCCAAGUCCACGGAGUUCAUGAGCUCCGACUCGGAGCUGUGGAACUUCCUCUGCAGCCUCAAGCACGAGUUCUCCCCGGUCAUCCUCCGCAGCAAGGACGUCUACGGAUACUCCUCCUGCCGCGCCGUCGUCCCCGACCCGCCGCCGCCCUCGGAGCGGCCCCGCCGCCGCGCCGGCAAGCGGCGCCUCCCGGCCGCCGACGCCAAGCGCCGGGCCGGGGCUGCGGGCGGCAGCGCCAAGCGGCGGCGGCGGCGGCGGCGCCGCAGGAGGGAGCGGGGCAGGCAGCGCCCCGCGGCCGGCGGCCCCCGCGCACCGGGGCAGGAGGAGGAGGCGGAGGCGCCGGAGCCGCCGGGCGAGCAGGAGGACAGCGAGCGGGGCAGCCCGGCGGCGGCCGCCUGGGAGCCGUUCGGCGGCAAGUCGCUGGAGGAGAUCUGGAAGGCGGCCACCCCCCGCCUCACCACGUUCCCCACCAUCCGUGUGCGGGGCAGCGUGUGGAACCGGCGGAGCCUGGCGGCGGCGCGGCGGCGGGCGCAGCGGAUCCUCGGCGUGGACCUGUCCCCCGUGGUGCGGGUGCGCCGCUUCCCCGUGGCGCCGUCCUGAGCCCGCGGGGGCCCCGCUCCCCGCGCCUCACCUGGGCUGCGGUGCGGACAAAGAGACCGGUAUCAGUCACCUGUUUACAUUGCUUUUGUCUGGAUCGUGUUCUGCUGCAGCACUUUAUGGCCCGCUCGGGCGGCGCCGGGCCCCCCGCCGUAUGGGGGGCGGCCUGCCGGGCCCCGGCCUCGCCCCGGGCUGGGACCGCCUGGCAGGUAUCACGCAUGGGGACCAAGUUCCACUUCCACUUUUUUUCUCUCCCAUUGGGCUACCUCACUGGUCCAGAAGUCCACCCAAGAAGUUAUUUUCCAAAGGAACUUACUUUCAUGCUUGUAUAAUAAAGCACCAUCUAAAUUCUUGCUAUUUUUUCCUUCCCCUCUCCUUUCCCCAUUUCUGAUGGAUUAUGUAUGCUUUGUGGUGUUGCACUAGUAUGUGCUCAGGGUGUUUUGAAUCCCAAGCGUUCCCAAGUUUCAGUUUAUUCUGAUAAAGGAUGCAUAAAGAAUGGAGGUUCAGGACUUGUGGCUGUUCUUGAUGGUGCAAAAACUUUUUUUUAAUUAUAAUUUCAUGGGCUUAGUGAUAUAUAAAGAUGUAUUGCGCAGUAUAAUUGUUACACUUUUGUAUCUAAAGUCAUUUUUAAAGUUUUCUAGUUGAACUAAGUAUUUGUUUCUAUGGAGCACCUAAAGAUAGAAUCAUCCUGAUAUUUUAUAACCCUGUUUACUUUAGGGAAGCUCAUUUGGUCAACCUAAGUGAACUUAAUAAAAGUUAAAGAACAAGUGGCGUUUCAGUUCAAUGAAACUGCACAGGGAUGGGUUCCUGGUGAAGUAAACCACAACCGAGGCGCUUUAUGUCAAUGGGCUCUGGCUUUGUGAAGAAUGUAAGUGCUCAUCAAAGCAAUGUAUAGGUGUCUGGAGGUGAACUAUGAUCCAGUGUUGGUGCUGACAGCCAGAAGUCAGGAGCUUGCGUGACGCAAAUAUCACACUGAAGUGCCUGGCUCUGCAAAAAGAGCAAAACUUGAUACCUGAUCACUUCAUGACAAACUUGCACUUGUUGACCUGCAGUUGGAAGAUGGUUAAUGAUGGAUAAUCAUAUUUAAUAUAAUUACUUGCACAUAAUUAUUUCUAUAAACCUUUCAUGGGUUUCACAGUAGACUGAUGAAAAUUCAUGAUGUAGCUUGAUUAUUUUGACUUAAAAAUAACAUGUAGUCAUUCUAUGCCCUAGGCAGUCACUUUUAAACUGAUUUAUUAAAGGCUUUUUUUAGGUAGGUCUUACGCCUUGCAGUUGGUGUGUGAGGUGCAAGAGUGUGUGUGAGGGAGAAUGUGAUUAUUUUCUUUUUACAUUAACUUUCUGAUGCUAUGAGAGGAGUAAAAAAUGCUGGGUAAUACACAGUUUAUGUCCCUAGUGUCCUGGCAGACAGGACUAACGAGUUUUUGUGGUGGAAUGGACAACUUCACAACUUACUUAUAGAAUCAUUCAGUGACUUAACAUUUCUGAUGUCUGUCGACUCCUUGUUGUCUGCUGUCAACAGAGGCAAUAAGAUGGCUUGAUGUAUAGAGGCUGCUUGUAAAAACGUGCUAGUGCUAACCUAGAGCAUCCAGCUUCUAAAAAUCUGUGUAUAUUUUGCAGUUCUUUCUUACAUAAUGAAGCUGCAAACUUCUUCCAAACUAGGGCUUGAUCUAUUCUAUAUCCAUCUGGCUUUUGAAAUUGUUUACAUAACGUUAGACCGUCUGCCGAUCGCUGCAGUAGUGCCACGUUGCAUUUUAGAAGUGAAUUAAAUGAAAGUUCAAGGGCACAUAUUGUUGUGCUGUUUCUCUGCUGUAAUACCUGCUUAAAUGUAGAGGCAAAAUUUGGUUGAUUUAAAACCCAAUAAGGCAAGUUGCAGUGUGACCAAAUGCUGAGGCUCCAGGUAUCUCAGUUUUGAAAUUCCUCUUCAAACUCAAGAGUAUUGCUCCUAGUUCUUGAUGCAUCUAGGUGAUUUCAGUGCUCCUACUGUUAGAUUGGAGGGUUUUUUAGUAUUCUUUUCAACUGUGUAGAAAGAUGAUAAAACGUAAGCAGUUGUGUUGUGCAAAUUCUUAACUCAUAAACAGGCACAGGACAGGCUAGGUCAGAUUUCAAGGGCAAGAGUUAAUGCUGCCAGAGGUAUGAUAUGGGAGACACUGUGUUAAAUUUGUGCUGCUCCAGAUUUGUUUGGAGGCAUAUCCUGAAAUGUUCUGUGUGGGAACAAAAUAUAGUGAAAUAACUUAUAA